UCUGGCGCGGGGCGAGGCGAGGCGAGGCAGCGCAGCCUCCAGGCGCUGAGAAUGAAGGUUCUCAUUUAAAAAGCAUCCAGCCUGUUAGCGCCCCAAAGCUGCCCUUUGGGUUUCCAGUGCAUCCUCCCCACACCAAAAAGAGCUAUUCUGUAAGCAUGAAUCAUCCCCAUUCUGGAUACCUUGCAAAUUACAACAGCUUAACAGACAAGCAUCUUGCAGGCUAUUUCAGCAACACCAGGAUAAAACGCCAUCUGAGGAGGUCAGGACUGAUCUCAAGAAGUGGAAAAAUAAUAUCAGACAAGGAAUACCGGUUAAAUGCCAUGAAGAAGGAUCAUCAGAAGUAUAUACGGGAAUGCUUGGCUCAGGCUAUUUUCCACAAAGCUCUAGAUAUGGAACGACAUCACCAGGGUGACGUAAAAAGAAAAGUUGAGACUUCGGCAAAGCGAGAGCGGAUCCAGCGAACCAAGGCGGAACGAGCGAGAAAGGCAGCAGAUGGUUCCCAUCACUUGCUUUCCCCACAUCCACCCACUGUACCAAGAAAUCGCUUUGCGCGGCGCAAAUUGGGUGAGAGAGGACCAUCAAGUCACACGAUUUCUUAUCCUCGACCAAGUACUGCUCCAGGAAACAUACAACAGCCACUCCGACUUCAGCCCCUCUACGGAAAUGUCGUGACUGAAGGUUCAUCAAAGACUGGUUUGAGCUCCAGACCAAAGUUUCUCACCAUUGACAAAGAAUAUCAUUUUACUAGUGAGGGAGACAGAGGGAUGUUAAGGCCUGUGCAUUCAAUGGAUUAUUCAGUUGAAGUAUCCCCAUACAGACUUCCCAUUAUUAACAAUUAUAUGAUACCUAUUCCACAACCACCCAGAAGUGACAAAACUAUCAUCCCCAUGAAACCUGUGGGAAGAGGUCGACGGUUUCGUCCUACAACUUCAUCAAAUGGCCUGGAGCAGUUGCUAAUGAAGGACGCUGGAAAAUUCUGCAAGCCUCAAAUACAUAGCAAUGCAUCUGUUACCAUGGUCUAUUUGGGAAAAACCGUGCACCUUUCAUAUGACCUUUUAGAUUAUCGAGAGGAAAUAAAAAUUUAUCAACAGCAUUGUGGAGGAGAAAACCUAUGUGUGUACCGAGGCAAACUGCUGGAGGGAGAAACGUUUCAGUUCAUCUCCAGGAGGCACCACGGCUUCCCCUUCAGUCUCACCUUUUAUCUCAAUGGAAUUCAGGUGGACCGAUUAAGUUCUUGCUGCGAAUAUAAGCAUCGGAAAGGUACUCGGCUAGGAGGCAAGCAUGGAUACUUUGGUUUCGUCAAUGUGGAAAGAUCAUCUCCUUGCUAUAGAUGUAUCAUUACAAUGGGCCUGGAUAAAAAGCCUACACCUCCAAAAAAGAAGACCCUUGAAGAAAGUGCAAAAUUGGAAGAUUGGAAGAAAGAGGAAGUGACACACAAGCCAAAAGAAGAAAAAAAAGUAUUACCGACCCACUUUCCUUCAGCUUCUGCGUUAAAGAAACGAGCUGCAGAACGAGCUGAAGAAAAGAAAUUGGAGACCAAAAAAAGAGAAAAAGAUAGAGAUGAAUUUGAGGAUACCCAGAAAACUGCUAUUUAUGAAGGAUAUGAGGAAGAUUUUGAAGCUGAUGAAGAGAAACCAGUUGAAAAAGUUGAAAAAAUUGGGAAAGUUGGGAAAGUUGGGAAAGUUGAGAAAGUUGAGAAAGUUGAGAAAAUUGAGAAAGUUGAGAAAGUUGAAAAAGAAGCACGUGCUGAUGAUCAAAUGAGUGAAAAAGGGAAGCUGCUCUCCGAAGGGGAAACAGACCGUUUUGAUCGUGAAAGGAAGAGGAAAGUCUCAUCACAGAAAUCUUCACGGACUUCUGAUAGUGAGCGAGAUGAAAGUGAGGGAUAUUCGGAAAGCUACACAGAGGAAGAGGAGAGAAAACAUGGUAGAAAACAAUUGCUUUCCGUCUCCGGCAGCAGCACAUUAUACAGCAGUGGAACCGAAUCCGAGUUUGAAGGCAGGAAGCGUGAUGAGGAGGAAGACAUUACAGACAUUCAUUCAGAAUGUGAAACAGAAACCACCAAAUCUCAACGGGAAGGAAGUCAGGGAACUGAUGUGGAAGAAGAGGAAAACUUGGGGGAAACAGAAACAGAAAGCUUGAGCACCAAGAAUGUGCCAGAUAUCUUCUAUGAAGAAAAAGUGGAGAUGACCCUUCAGGACAUGAGUCCGGGCCAUGAGAAACCCAAGUUUAUAGGGCUGGUAGACAUGGGGGAGGAGGAAGAGAAGGAUAAGUUAGUGCAUUUGAAAAGCAGUGCUCUAGAAGGAUAUCCGAGCAGGAAGCUUUCUGAAGAUAAGGAAGGUGAUCGUAAAUCGGUCAGAGAGAAAAUAGCUGAGGCUAUUGAAAAAGAUCAGCUUUUGAGUUCUGAACCCGAACCUAGUGAUUACAGUACAGAGGAUGAAGAAGAACAUAUAGCAGCUGCUCAAGGUAAAUUUGAAGUGCCAGAUGGAGUUUCCUUGGCAAAACGAUCAAGACGGACUGAAUCGCAAAAGGCUGCAGAGCAAUUGAAAAAAGAGAGAGAGAUGAUGGGCAAGGAAGGAAUACAUGAGGAAGAAGAGCUUGUAGUUGGCAAGGGCCCCAAAGAAGCAGCUCUAACAGAAGAACUGCUAGCCCCCCAAAGACCAAGUCUUAGAGGAGACCAGGCACUAAAACCUGAACUUGUGGCAGGAAAAAGAGAAUGGGGGAGAGAACCCAUAGAAUCAGAACCGGCCAGUUUAGAAAAAGAAAUAACCCUCAAGGAUGGAAAAAUGGAGAGCAUGGCAAAAGCAGAAGAAAUGGCAAUAGAACAUAAAGCUGCUGACAGAGAGAAGGUUCUAGGGGGGUUUAGAUCAGAAGAGGAAGAAGCUGAAGACGCCCAAAGAGCAGCAAAGAGAGAAGAACAUAUGCGAUGGAGCAUCCCUGAGGGACAAGGGGCAGAAGUGACUGAGGUACCAAAAGCUUUAAAGACAAGAGAAUUAGAAGGAAUUAAGGCAGUGGACAGAGACAUGCUUGAAGCAAAAGAAAAGAUGAAAGGAGAAUAUGAGACAGCUAAAGAUUGGGAGGCAACAUUUGCAGAAAAGAUCAGUAUGGGAGAGGUACCAGAUAAGGUGGCAGAAGCUGAACCCAAAGAAAAGGUAAUUUUUCAAGAAAAAAAAGAUAAAGCAGAGGCCGGAAAAAAAGCUGACCUAAUGGGAAAGGAAAGAAAGGAUGAGGCAUUUUUGAGGAAAGAGGAAGAGGGAAAAUAUGAAUUGAGGCCCAUUUCCCCCAUGGAAGCAAAACUUAGUCCACCACAAUUAAAAAUGGAAGAUGUUCUCUAUGAAGAUGAAAAAACAGCUGCUGCAGAAAAGGCAAUCACUGGUGGAAGAGAGGUUCCAUCUGAGAUUGGAGAAACAGUCCAAGACAUUUCAUCCAGAUGGGAUGAAGAUUUAUACCAAGAAUAUCCAGAUGUGACUGGAAUGAAAGCCAUAUCUACGGAAGAUUUAACCCUCAAGAAAAUAAAGCCUUUGGUGGAAGAGGCCUUCCUCGACCAUGAAAUUGAAAUAACCGAGGAAGACAAGUUAGCAGGCAAACCAUAUUCUGAAAGAGAGAAAGGCAGACAACCAAGAGCAAAAGAUAUUUUGGGAAUUGAGCAAACAGCCCAAGGAGAAAAAGCUGUAGUACAACCUGUAGAAAGAGAAGCUGAAGAAAGAGGAAGACAAGAGAGGCUAAAGUCCAGAAUAGCAGCUCCAGAAGAGAAACUGGACUUGGAGAAAGAAGGGCUUUAUAUUGAACCUGGCUUAGAAUCUAUGGCAGUGCUGAUGGAAGAAUUAGCGAAGAAGGAAAAGGCAAAAGGAGAGAUAUGGGUUGAAGAGGCAAAAGGAGAAAUAAAAGGAUUGUCUCCAAGACAGAAAAUGAUUGAAGAACAACAGAAAGCACUCAGAAGAAAGACAGAAAUUGAAGAGGGAGGACCUGAGAUGGCACUUAAAGAAGAGGCAGAAAUAGAUGGGACAGAAGUUAAAACUAAAGGGAAAGUAGGAAAAGGAGAGGUAGGAAAGAAAAUGGAAUAUCCAUGGGAAGCAGAAGGAGACAUGGCACUUAAAAGGGAGGCAGAAACUGGAGAGGCUAAAAUCAGUGUGGGACUUGAGGGCGAGUUAGAAGUCACAGAGGCAGAAGCUGACAUGACACUUAAAGGGGAGGCAGAAAGAAGACUUACCAAAGCUACAUUGCUACCCAAAGACGGUUUAGAUGCUGAAGAAGCAAAAGCUUACAAAACACUUAAAGGGGAGGCAGAAACUGAACGUGUCAGAGCUAAGAUGGGCCCUAGAGGGGAGUUAUAUCCUGAAGAAGCAGAAGCUGAGAUGAUAUUUGAAAGAGAGGCAGAAACUGGACGUGUCAAAGUUAAGGUGGGACCUAAAGGGGAGUUACAUGCUGAAGAAGCAGAAGCUGAAAUAACACUUAAAACAGAGGCAGAAGUUGGACGUGUCAAAGCUAAGGUGGGACCUAAAGGGGAGUUAUAUGCUGAAGAAGCAAAAGCUGAGAUAACACUUAAAAGAGAAGCAGAGCCUGGAUUUGUCAAAGCUAAGGUCGGGCCUAAAGGGGAAUUAUAUCCUGAAGAAGCAGAAGCUGAGAUGACCCUUGAAAAAGAGGCAGAAAUUGGACGUGUCAAACCUAAGGUGGGACCUAAAGGGGAAUUAUAUGCUGAAGAAGCAGAAGCUGAGAUGAUAUUUGAAAGAGAGGCAGAGCCUGGACGUGUCAAAGCUAAGGUGGGACCUAAAGGAGAGUUAUAUCCUGAAGAAGCAGAAGCUGAGAUGGCACUUGAAAGAGAGGCAGAACCUGGACGUGUCAAAGCUAAGGUGGGACCUAAAGGGGAGUUAUAUCCUGAAGAAGCAGAAGCAGAGAUGGCACUUGAAAGAGAGGCAGAACCUGGACGUGUCAAAGCUAAGGUGGGACCUAAAGGGGAGUUAUAUCCUGAAGAAGCAGAAGCAGAGAUGGCACUUGAAAGAGAGGCAGAACCUGGACGUGUCAAAGCUAAGGUGGGACCUAAAGGGGAGUUAUAUCCUGAAGAAGCAGAAGCUGAGAUGGCACUUGAAAGAGAGGCAGAACCUGGACGUGCCAAAGCUAAGGUGGGACCUAAAGGGGAGUUAUAUGCUGAAGAAGCAGAACAUGAGGUGACGUUUAAAAGGGAGGCAGAGCCCGGACGUGUCAAAGCUAAGGUGGGACCUAAAGGAGAGUUAUAUCCUGAAGAAGCAGAAGCUGAGAUGGCACUUGAAAGAGAGGCAGAACCUGGACGUGUCAAAGCUAAGGUGGGACCUAAAGGGGAGUUAUAUCCUGAAGAAGCAGAAGCUGAGAUGGCACUUGAAAGAGAGGCAGAACCUGGACGUGUCAAAGCUAAGGUGGGACCUAAAGGGGAGUUAUAUCCUGAAGAAGCAGAAGCUGAGAUGGCACUUGAAAGAGAGGCAGAACCUGGACGUGUCAAAGCUAAGGUGGGACCUAAAGGGGAGUUAUAUCCUGAAGAAGCAGAAGCUGAGAUGGCACUUGAAAGAGAGGCAGAACCUGGACGUGUCAAAGCUAAGGUGGGACCUAAAGGGGAGUUAUAUCCUGAAGAAGCAGAAGCUGAGAUGGCACUUGAAAGAGAGGCAGAACCUGAACGUGUCAAAGCUAAGGUGGGACCUAAAGGGGAAUUAUAUGCUGAAGAAGCAGAACCUGAGGUGACGUUUAAAAGGGAGGCAGAGCCCGGACGUGUCAAAGCUAAGGUGGGACCUAAAGGGGAGUUAUAUCCUGAAGAAGCAGAAGCUGAAAUGGCACAUAAAGGGGAGGCAGAAACUGGACGUGUCAAAGCUAAGGUGGAACCUAAAGGAGGAUUAUAUGCUGAAGAAGCAGAAGCUAAGAUGACACUUGAAAGAGAAGCAGAAAUUGGACAUUUCAAAGCUAAGAUGGAACUUGAAGGAGGAUUAUAUGCUGAAGAAGCAGAAGCUGAGAUGAUAUUUGAAAGAGAGGCAGAACCGGGAUCUGUCAAAGAUAAGGUGGGACCUAAAUGGGAUUUAUAUGCUGAAGAAGCAGAACCUGAUAUGACACUUGAAAGAGAGGCAGAACCUGGACGUUUCAAAGCUAAGGUGGGACCUAAAGGAGAGUUAUAUCCUGAAGAAGCAGAAGCUGAGGUGAUGUUUAAAAGGAAAGCAGAACCUGGACAUGUUAAAGCUAAGAUGGUGCCUGAAGGGGAUUUAUAUGCUGAAGAAGCAGAACCUGAUAUGACACUUGAAAGAGAGGCAGAACCUGGACGUGUCAAAGCUAAGGUGGGACCUAAAGGGGAGUUAUAUGCUGAAGAAGCAGAAGCUGAGUUGAUGUUUAAAAGGGAAGCAGAACCUGGUCGUGUCAGAGCUAAGGUGGUGCCUGAAGGGGAGUUAUAUGCUGAAGAAGCAGAACCUAAGGUGACGUUUAAAAGGGAAGCAGAACCUGGUCGUGUCAAAGCUAAGGUGGUGCCUGAAGGGGAGUUAUAUGCUGAAGAAGUAGAAGCUGAGCUGACGUUUAAAAGAGAGGCAGAAACUGCACAUGUCAAAGCUAAGGUGGAACCUAUAGGGGAGUUAUAUGCUGUAGAAGCAGAAGCUGAGGUGACAUUUAAAAGGGAAGCAGAAACUGGACGUGUCCAAGCUAAGGUGGUACCUAAAGGAGAUUUAUAUGCUGAAGAAGCAGAAGCUGAGAUGACACUUGAAAGAGAAGCAGAAAUUGGAUUGAUUAAAGCUAGGGUGGUACCUAGAGGGGAGUUAUAUGCUGAAGAAGCAGAAGCUGAGGUGACAAUUACAUGGCAAGCAGAGACCGGGCAAGUUAAAGCUAAGGUGGGACCUAAAGGGGAGUUAGAUGCUGAAGCAGCAGAAGCUGAGUUGACAGUUGCAUGGAAAGCAGAAACUCGACAGGUCAAAGCUAAAGUGGCACCUAAAGAGGAGUUAUAUGUUGAAGAAGCAGAAGCUGAAAUGAUACUUAAAAAAGAGGCAGAACCUGAACAACUGGACAAGGUGGUAACUGAAGGGUGGUUAGAUGUUGGAGAAGCAGAAGCUGAGGUGACAGCUAAGGAAAAAGCAGAAACUAUAGAGGCAGAAUCUGAUAAGAUAGCUGAAAGGGAAUUAGAAGUCGAAGUGGCCGAACUUGAGGGGACACUUAAAAAGGGGACAGAAGGCAAGGUUGCCUUGAAGUGGAAGCCAGAAACUGGAGAGGUAGAGGCUGAGAUGAUAUCUAAAGGGGAAUUAGAAGUUGAAGAAGCAGAAGCUGAGUUGACAUUUAAAGAAAAGGCAAUAGAGAAAGCACUUAAACAGAAGGCAGUAAUUAUAGAGGAAGGGGCUGAUGUGAUACCUAAAGAGGAAUUAGAAGUCAAAGAGGCAGAAGCUGAGGGGACACUCAAAAGGAAGGCAGAAACUGGACUGGCCAAAACUAAGAUGGUGCCUAAAGGGGAGUUAGGUCCUGAAGAAGCAGAAGCCGAGAUGACACUUAAGAGGGAAGGAAAAACUAUAGAAGCAGAGUCUGAAAUGAUAGCUGGAAAGGACUUAGAAGCAGAAGAGGCAGAAGCUGAGGGGAUACUUAAAAAGAAGGCAGAAGGCAAGAUAGCCUUGGAACAGAAGGCAAAAACUGUAAAGCCAGAGACUGAGGUAGCAUUUGAAGAGGAGGCAGGAGUUGAAGUUGUACCAAAAGAACAGGAAGCAGAAACAGAAGAUUCAGAAGCAAAGGGAGAACUACUUUCUGUGGUCAUAGGAUCUCUAAAUGAAACCACCUUUGGAGAGCAAGGAUUAGUAACCAGGAGAGAAGAAAUUAUAGCAGAAAUAAAACAUACUUCUGAAUCAGCCCCACAAAAAGAAGCAUUUGUUGGAGGAGAUAUGAAAAAGCAGGAAAUGAAAAAAGAACCUGGUCUCCAAACUGGAGUAUCUGACGAAGCUGAAACAAGGGAAACAUUUCUUUACAUGGAAGUACAGGAGGAAGUCAUAGCUCCUGAAGAAGAGAAGGAACAGGAUGAAUCAGACACAGGAGAAGAGAUGAGAGAAGGAAUGAUAACACUUGCAGAUGUAGAAGAAGCUCUCUUAAUAGGGAUACAGCAGCUGAUAACAGAAGUAUCACAGAUCAAUGAAAAAGAAAAAGAUAAAGAAGAACCUUUGAUGGAAAGAUCAGCAGAAGAAGAAUCAAUUCAGGAGUGUCCCACGAGUGAAGAUUUUUUUGCUGUUGUAGUAGAAGAAGAAAGGGAGACCAUUGAGAGCAGUAACAGUGAAGGAGAAGGAACAGGAGAGCCUUCGGAAGAAGGAACAGGAGAGCCUUCGGAAGAAGGAACAAGGGAGCCUUCGGAAGAAGGAAUAGGGGAGCCUUCGGAAGAAGGAACAGGGGAGCCUUCGGAAGAAGGAACAGGAGAGCCUUCGGAAGAAGGAACUGGAGAACCUUCGGAAGAAGAAACAGGGGAGCCUUCAGAAGAAGGAACAGGGGAGCCUUCAGAAGAAGGAACAGGGGAGCCUUUCGAAGGAACAGGGGAACCUUCAGAAGAAACCCCUUCAGAUGAAAAAGAUGGAAAUAUAAACUGCGAAAUGGGAUUGGAGGAGACUACAGAUGAAACCAUCACAAUGACAAAUACCAUUCUUUGGAGCUCCCAGGAGUAUGAAAGAAAGUGUCACCAAGAUCCUACUGGAUCUGACUGAGAAGACAGACACCUAGAUUGAAGAAUGCUUUGGGGUUGGAACUUCCCAUCUCAUCAUUGCUGCCUCAAGACUUGGUGGAAACACAGACUUAUUCAAGCAUCUUCUUCUAUUCUUUUGAUGCUUGCCAUCCAUCUUUCCAUUGUUGUUCUGAUUACCAUGAUCAUUUAGUAACUUUUUUCAAGGAAAUCAUUCUAGAUCGGUGCCACCUGGGGUAACUGCCCUCUUUGAUUCCUUCACACAUAUCUGCCACUAUGCACCAGGACUGCUCCAGACAAAUGAAAUCCUAGCUAGCCUAUUUCAUUAAUAGCAUUCCUUUAUAAUUCUGAAAAUAAUAAUGAUGAGGCCUGUAUAACAGCUGCCACACAUUUCUUUUAAAAACAAAACAGAAAUAUUAUGUAAUGGGAACUUUCCCAAAAUCAACCAGCUAAUUCUGCUGCACAGUAAGAGUCACUUGAAGUCUUUAUGUAGAACAAUAAAACACCUGCAAACAGA